AUGUCAUUCAAGAAAGGUGAUGAGAAAGCUGGAUUCAGUAACUGGCGUCAUACCUAUCGUAGUUUGCGUUCAGACUGCACAAGCAGCCGAACGCUGACGCACAAACCCCAAAAGACCAUGAUGCAUACCUAUCGGGUCCAGUUUGCGGACAUUCUCAUCUGCACACACUCGGAACGCUGA